AUGGAAUACCAAAACAGUAACAUCCAGCGAGUUCCAAUCAAGAUUCAAAGCGAAGAGAGACGAUCUCCUCGGGAGGCUUUCCCCUAUUCUCCCGUCUUCUCCAAUGAGGGACCCGGGGUCCGGUCGAUCCCCCCAAAGCCAAAUCUCACUACCUCGCACCGCACCGUUGCCGAGUAUUCCCCGACAUGGAAAGGGGCCCACCGAUCCAGUGUCUCCGAGCUGUGGAAGAAGAAGUGUACGACGGAAGAAGCCUCUUGCAGAGAUGCUCGAUCCGGUCAUGGGCCCCGGCUCUUAAGCUUUGGACGCUCUCACCAUGAGAUGCAGGAGAUCCAUGAUGAUCCGGAGAUCAAACUCUACGAUGUACUCCGAACGAUGCGCGAUGUGCUCCGUGGACCGUUGGGCUCUGUCCUGGCAGAUUAG